UGGAAAUCACAAAAGUAGUGAUCUUUGGCAUACUAAAGGCACUUAUCGCCGUUAUCGGCGAACAUCGUAAAACCCCACCGACAUCGAAGAGGUUUUGGUAGUAACUGUUUUUUCCGAGGCCACAAGAUACCCAUAGCCCACCCAAGCCGCGAUCACUGCUUCUCUGCUAUCGGAACCCAUGAGAAACUCAACCCCUGAACGCCCAAAUGAUGAAUUGCAGUUUCUUGGAUCAAAUGCCAAGGUUUCUGGGUUGAAACCCGAAUGUUCGACCUCGAGGAGUAUGGGUAAGGGUAAAGUUUCUGAAGAUGGGACAAAGAAACCAGAUGGCUCAACAUUUAUGUGCGAAAUUUGUUCCGAUGAGAAGCAAAGAAUCGAAGUUUUUAGAAUAAUGGGGUGCAACCACUCCUACUGCUCCGAUUGCGCGUCCAAAUACGUGGCUGCGAAGCUCCAAGACAGCACUUUUCGAAUCUGUUGCCCUGUUUCUGGGUGCGGGGGAGUGAUAGAGCCUGAGAAUUGCCGUUUUAUUUUGCCCAAAACGGUGUUUGAUCGAUGGGGGGACGCUUUAUGCGAGGCUAUGAUUCUUUCUCUGGAGAAAUUUUAUUGCCCCUAUAAGGACUGCUCUGCCCUUCUGAUCGAUGAAAAUCUGGAGAUUAAAGUGGAGGUUGCAGAAUGCGAGUGCCCGGAAUGCAGGAGGUUGUUCUGUGCCAAGUGUAAGGUGCCCUGGCAUUCCGAGAUUUCGUGCUCAGAGUUUCAGAAGCUGAAUAAGAAUGAGAGGCAAAGGGAGGAUAUACAGCUCAUGAAUUUUGCAGCUGGUAGGCAAUGGAAGAGGUGCCCUAAUUGUGGGAUCUAUGUGGAGAGAGUUUCAGGCUGUGGUUUCAUGGUUUGCAGGUGUCGAUGUAACUUCUGUUACACAUGUGGAGCUGCUACUCCAAAAGAUCACUUCUGCCGUAAUUGUGGUCAAAUUACAGGAUGAACUGAGAUCCAGUGCUGCAAAUGCAUUUCCUAUAUUCCUU